AUGGAUCAUUCUUCAGAUAAUUCAACUACAAAAACAACAAAGUAUCCACCUGGAAUUGUUUUGGGAAAAGAUGGAAAACCGUGUAGGGUUUGUACGGCUUUCGUAGAUUGGACAAGGAGAGAGAAAAAGAAACAAAACACUAUCAACAACACUAAAAACAAUAAUAAUGAUAGUAGUGAAAAGGCAAAAAAAAUAGUUAGUACAGGUUCACUUGGUACGGCCAUGAUCAAUAUUGUCAAUAAUAACGUCAAUAAUGUUGAUAAUUUUGAUAAUGUUCAAGAUUGUCCUCCGGAUGUUGAACAACUUGGCAGAGCUACUUGGACAUUCUUACAUACUAUGGCUGCAUAUUAUCCCGAAGUGCCUUCUUAUGAACAACAAAAUUCCAUGAAAAGUUUUUUAUCAUCAUUUUCAAAAUUUUAUCCUUGUGAAUCUUGUGCUGAACACUUUAGAGAUGAAAUGAAAAAUAAACCUCCAAAGGUUGAAAGUCGUUGGGCUUUGGGUAGAUGGUUAUGUCAAAUGCAUAAUUUGGUUAAUGAAAGUUUGGGAAAAGAUAUUUUUAAUUGUGAUAAAAUUGAUGAAAGAUGGAAAGAUGGUCCACCGGAUGGAAGAUCAGAUUCACUUUUCAAACCUUUAUGUAAAAAUAACGAACUUUAUGGACCAAGAUUAUAUAUGUGGGGACCAGGUUGGAAAUACGGACGAAGAACUUCAUUUGAUCAAGAAUGUUUAAAGUGGCAGACAUAUUUGAAAUUUAUUCAAUGUGAUUUUGAUAUUCGGGAUGCAAAUGAACCUUUAAUGUCACCAUCAGGAAAACUUCCAGUAUUAAUAUUAUCAGAAGGAGAAGUCCUCAUAGACGAAUUGAUAAAGAAUUAUGUGGAAGAUAAUAAGGGAUCAAAUAAAUUAGGACAAUUAAGUGAAGAACAACAAGCUGAUUCUCAAGCAUUUAUCACAUUGGCUGAUACUAAAUUACGACACGCACUGCUUUAUACUCUUUGGUGUGAACCAUCAAAUGAAUAUGAUACAUAUAAAAAAUAUGGUAAACAUUAUGCUAAUCCAAUAGAUAAAAUAUUAAUGUAUCAAGCAAAAAAUGCGGCAAUUAAAGAAAUGUUAAUUAAAAUACCGGUAUUAAAUAGAGAAGAUAUAUAUCAAGAAGCAUCCGAAGCAUUGCAAGCACUUUCCGUAGCUUUAGGAGAUAAUAAAUAUUUCUUUGGUGAAAGAGUACCAACAUUUAUCGAUGCAGUUAUUUUUUCAUAUCUACACAAUAUUUUAGAAUUCCCCGUUACUUCAGCAAAUGAUCUUAAUCAAUUGGUUCAUAAACAUAAGAAUUUGGUAGAAUUUACAAAGAAGAUUUAUAUUGAAUAUUAUGAAAAAGAAUUUUGA